AUGGCACAAGCGCUGGAUUUGGUCCCAUGGCCUCAGGAUGCCGGCCCUGUCUAUGCUGCCCCGGCGGUUCUGCUGCCAUUGGAGCCCAGGAAAGUGAUGCUAGCUGGAGUGAAGGGCCAGCUCUACCACCCGUUCCUGCCGUCGCUGAGGCGCAUGGACAUGGAUACCAUGGCCAGCAAGCUCACAGACGAGCAUUCCCGGACAGCCACCUCCUGCUCCAAAGAGGAUUUUGAAAAUGCAACAUUCACCCUGGCCGGAACGCCCAAUCGGCGCUUCCCAUCCCUGGGAAUGACGGAGCUGGGCAAGUCGCUGACAGAGAAGUACCGGGCGGGGAAGAUGGCGCCACUCGUGCCCAGCAGCAACCAGGAGUGGCCCAGCUACACCCGGGCCAUGGACGACUGGUCGCACUUCGUCUCCACCGCCGGGGAGUUCCGGCUGCCCAGCUUCAACAAGAAAGUUCUUGGAUUCAGCUGUUACGCUGUGAGGUACUUGAAGCCCGACGUCACCCAGACCUGGCGGUAUUGCCUCAACCAGAAUCCCAGCCUGGACCGGUACGGCCCGAAGCCCCUCCCUCACAGCACGGUCAACACCUACAGGAGCUUUGGAUCUGCACACAGCCGGUCUCAUUAUCUCCAGCCAUGGCGCUAG